GCUCUUCUCCGGGUCGGGAGCUACGGCCCGGACGGAGGUGCGACGGAGAGCACGAGCACCGGGCGGCGAGCGAGGAGCGGACCGCCGAGCGGGGCCCUGGGGAGAGCGCGGGCCGGACCGAGCCGCCCCAGAGGACCGAUGUGCCGGGUGGGGCGCUGGCCCCAGAGGGCGUGAGCCGCUGGCAGAUUGAGCAACUUGGGAACCAGCGGGCGGAGCGCGGGAGAGCCCGGCGCCCAGGACAGUCCUGCGGCGGGCGGGUGAGCGGCCGCUCCCUCGCCCCUCCCGGGUCUGCCCCCGCCGCGGCUGGCAGAGCGGAGGUUGGGUUUUGGAGGUGUCCCUGCUGAAGUGACAAGUUCUCCCAUGUGACAGACACUCCAGGUGUCUUUGAGGAAAGCUCUCUGGACCUCCUCAUGGGCUGAUGGAGAAGAGGGCUCCCCACACCCUUCUCUGCCUCCAGCUGAGAUUAUGGUGGAUUUGGGACCCGGCCCGGGCCUGGGCCUCCUGCUGCUGACCCAGCCUCGGGGGCGUUAACAAGAGCCCUGUGCCAUCCAUAGCCCCAGAGACCACCCCUCCUACCAGGGGCCCGGACCUGGCGAGUGACUAUGCGGCUUGGGCUGUGUGUGGUGGCCCUGGUUCUGAGCUGGAUGCACCUCACUGCCAGCAGCCGGGGGACCAAGGGGAAGAGACAGAGGCGGAUCAGUGCUGAGGGGAGCCAGGCCUGCGCCAAAGGCUGUGAGCUCUGCUCUGAGGUCAACGGCUGCCUCAAGUGCUCGCCCAAGCUGUUCAUCCUGCUGGAGAGGAACGACAUCCGCCAGGUGGGCAUCUGCUUGCCGUCCUGCCCCCCUGGAUACUUCGAUGCCCGCAACCCCGACGUGAACAAGUGCAUCAAAUGCAAGAUCGAGCAUUGUGAGGCCUGUUUCAGCCACAACUUCUGCACCAAGUGUCAGGAGAGCUUGUACCUGCACAAGGGCCGCUGCUACCUGAACUGUCCCGAGGGCUCCUCGGCGGCCAAUGGCACCAUGGAGUGCAGCAGCCCGGCUCAAUGUGAAAUGUCUGAGUGGUCCCCGUGGGGGCCGUGCUCCAAGAAGAAGAAGCUUUGUGGUUUCCGGAGGGGCUCCGAGGAGCGGACUCGAAGGGUCCUCCAUGCCCCUGGGGGCGACCAUGCUGUCUGUUCCGACACCAAAGAGAUCCGGAGGUGCACGGUGCAGAGGACGCCCUGUCCCGAGGGGCAGAAGAGGAGGAAGGGAGGCCAGGGCCGGCGGGAGAACGCCAACAGGAACACCAGCAGGAAGGAGAGCAAGGAGGCGGGCACCGGCUCUCGAAGACGCAAGGGACAGCAGCAGCAGCAGCUACAAGGGACAGUGGGGCCACUCACAUCUGCUGGGCCCACCUAGGGACAUUCUUCAGCCUCCAGGCCCACGCAGAGAGUGGUAGAAGCUUUAUUGAACUGGAGCCCGGGGUCAACAUGAACACACACUCUGUACACGCACAUGGACACACAGACACACAUGCAGACCCCCAUGUCCAAACAUGCAAUUGACAUACAUGCAAACAUGUGUGCACACUUGUGUGCGUGCACACACUUGAGGCCACUGGAAAACACUUCUGCCCCUCAGCCAUUACGGUGUGAACAGGGCAGGAGGGUGGCGGGGUCAUCUCCACCCAGAAGAGGCCCAGCUCGACGCCUGCCGUGGAUGUGGCCGAGAACGAGUUUCCCAGCAUCCAGGCCCACUCUUUGCAGAGUGGAGCCUUCUGGAGGAGCCGGUAGGAUGAGCCCAGAGUGGCAGGCAGGACCCAAAGCGUGAGGACUGGUCCACUUUCCAGCUUGAUAGUCGUUGCACAUCCAUGACCCACGCCAGGAUGGCCUUGACUCUGAAAACUGCUUAAAGGUUUAUUUCAAAUUAAAAACAAAAAGUAAAUGACCACAGUAGCCCCAGACACCACAUU